UUACGCGGCGAGCUGGACGCGAGCACGCAGGCGGUGUGCGAGCAGGCUCGCGAGCACGUGCACGCGGACGAGCUGGUGCUGACGUACGGCGCGGGCAGGCUCGCCGAGCGCUUCCUGCGCGCCGCCGCCUCCAGGAGGUACCGCCUGCUGCUGGCCGAGAGCCCUGAUGUCAAACAGAGCCACGCGAUGGCUGCGCGGUUGAGCGCUGCAGGGGUCAACGUGACGUUGGUCAGCGCGGCCGCUGUCACCGCGCUCAUGUCGCGUGUCAACAAGGUGGUGUUGUGCGCGAGCAGCGAGAGCGCGGCGGCGCGCGUGCUGGCGCCGCGCUACGACUUCAUACCGCACAACCACAUCACACUCUUCAUUACCAACCUCGGCGGCAGCUCACCCUCGUACGUGUACCGA